CUUCAUAUUUUGCUAACUGAACGUAACGCUGCAAACAGUCGACAUGCAUGAGGAAGAGUGAACCAGAAUUUCUAAGAAAUAAUCUUGGAGUAUAAAUCAGCUCCUAACAUUAAUAAGACAUAGCAGGGCUAACGGGUGCAUCUGAAAUGAACCAAGAAAGUAAAGGACUCGGUGGAAAUAAAACGGGAAUUUAAUCAUUUUCUUAUUUCUGGAGAAAAUUUGACCCCAGAGGAAGUAGAAACACGCAAUAGCAAGAGAUGCCGAUGAUCAGAAGACAGAAAAAGAGACAUCAUGAUCACGCAACUGGAGCCGUCCAUCUCCUACGAGGGCCUGCAGGACCGAAUGCGUGAGAUGUGCUCCAUGGAGAGUGAGCAGCCCUUCACCAUGAAGUGGAUUGAUGAGGAGGGAGACCCCUGCACUGUCUCCUCCCAGAUGGAGCUGGAGGAGGCGCUGCGGCUCUACGAGCUUAACAAGGACUCUGAGCUCACAGUCCACGUCUUCCCCUGUGUCCCUGAGAAGCCAGGCAUGCCGUGCCCAGGAGAGGACAAGUCCAUUUACCGGCGUGGAGCCAGACGCUGGAGGAAGCUGUACUGUGCCAAUGGACAUACCUUCCAGGCCAAAAGAUUUAACAGGAGGGCCCACUGCGCCAUCUGCACGGACCGUAUAUGGGGCCUUGGUCGACAGGGUUACAAGUGUGUCACGUGCAAGCUGCUGGUGCACAAGCGCUGCCACAAGCUGGUCACAGUCGAGUGCGGUCGACUGAUGGUCCGGGAUCCAGUCAUUGGUCCAUUGGAACCCGCACCCUUAUCAUCUGAGCAGCUUGAGCCAGGCCCUCUGCUGAAGUCAUCCAGUGAGAGUCUGAAUCCCCCAGAGGACAAGGAGGCGGCGGGUAGCAGCCGGGACAUCAGGAAGGCACCCUCUAGCCUGGGGCUGGCACAUUUCGACCUGCUGCGUGUUAUCGGGCGCGGGAGCUAUGCCAAGGUGCUGCUGGUGAAGCUGAAAAGGACAGAGCGCAUCUACGCCAUGAAGGUGGUGAAGAAGGAGCUGGUCAACGACGACGAGGACAUCGACUGGGUUCAGACGGAGAAGCACGUCUUCGAGCAGGCCUCCAACCACCCCUUCCUGGUGGGGCUGCACUCCUGCUUCCAGACUGAGAGCAGGCUCUUCUUCGUCAUUGAGUACGUGAACGGUGGAGAUCUGAUGUUCCACAUGCAGCGUCAGAGGAAACUCCCCGAGGAGCAUGCCAGGUUCUACUCAGCAGAAAUCAGCCUGGCGCUGAACUAUCUGCACGAGAGAGGGAUCAUCUACAGGGACCUGAAGCUUGACAAUGUUUUGCUGGAUUCUGAAGGACACAUCAAACUCACAGACUACGGCAUGUGCAAGGAGGGGCUACGUCCUGGUGACACCACCAGCACGUUCUGUGGGACCCCCAAUUACAUUGCGCCAGAGAUCCUGAGGGGGGAGGACUACAGCUUCAGUGUGGACUGGUGGGCGCUGGGUGUGCUCAUGUUCGAGAUGAUGGCAGGACGGUCCCCCUUCGACAUUGUUGGCAGCUCCGACAACCCGGACCAGAACACAGAGGACUACCUCUUCCAGGUCAUCCUGGAGAAGCAGAUCCGGAUCCCCAGGUCAUUGUCGGUCAAGGCUGCCAGUGUCUUAAAGGGCUUCCUGAACAAGGACCCCAAAGAGCGCCUUGGCUGUCAUCCUCAAACUGGCUUUGCUGACAUCAUGGGUCACCCCUUCUUCCGCAAUGUGGACUGGGAUCUAAUGGGCCAGAAGCAGGUGAUGCCACCGUUUAAGCCUAACAUCUCCGGGGAGUUUGGCCUGGACAACUUUGACACGCAGUUCACCAACGAGCCCAUUCAGCUCACACCGGAUGAUGAUGACACGCUCAGGAAAAUCGACCAAUCAGAGUUUGAGGGCUUCGAGUACAUCAACCCUCUGCUGAUGUCAGCUGAGGAGUGUGUCUGAUUGGAUGGCUGGCUGGUGGGGGCUGGACAGAGGCCGAAGGAUAUAGUGACCAGUGAGCUACUCCUCCAGACCCAUCUCUGUCUCCACAUCCACACAAACGGCCUUACCCUUCCGAGGAAAAACGGCCAAACUGAUCAUGUGAUCUCCACUGAGGCAUCCGUAACCAUGUCUACUUUGCUGUAAUUUAUGUCAGGGAAUUCAGGGUAAUCAGACCUACUCAGGGUGGACGUGUGACUGCACAAAGGGGAAGGUGUGUGUGUGGCACAUUUAUUCCCUGUGGGGGGUUCAGGGUGCCUGUCAGGGAGUUACUGCAUCUGAAUUUGCUAGCCAGGCUCUGUUUUCUAAGGACAAAGAGACUUGUUGCAUUGAGCCUGGGCUGGAUUAAUGUAAUGAUAUUACAGUUUGAGCCAAUGGCGGUGGGGAGGCUGCAGAGACCCAAUAGGCUCCGAGCUUCUGAGCACUGCCAUAAUGUGUAUAUACGUCUCACCUAGGAAACACAGGUAGUUGGACUCUCCCUUUGCAGUGGACCAAAAGGCAUUAUCUCAUGUAAAAAAAAGGCAAAAUAUUUGGUCAAUGAGCACUUCAUGCAACAGGAUGUAAUGUAUCGUCACUCUUUAAUUCAUGCUGUAUAUUUAAUCUUUGUACUUUUCAUAUUUAAGGUACUCUUCUGUUAAUGUUUUAUUUUCCUUUACAUGUACGGUUACCUGGCAACACUGAGGAUUUUAAAAGUAACAUCCUCCAAAUUAUAGGAGAAUCUGUCUCCCCACCGCCCACCCCCCUUUGUGUCUGAGUAAUGUGAUUCUCAGGGCAGAGAUGGGGUGGGAGGGUUACAUAAGCAGGGCUUUUGGGUGGUUUAUCUGGUCUAGCCGCCCUGUAAAUGCAUUACUGAGCAAAGCUUACACGUUCAUACCAGUUAAAGGGAAAGAUGUUUAAUGGUUUCUCCAGUAAUCUCCGUUAAAAAGACAGAUAUUUCCUUAGCUACAAGAAACAAAUGCUCUUACACUGUUUUUGCUGCGCUCAACCAUGGUAGCAUGCUAAUAACUCACCGCAGACGGCCAUUUGCAUCUGCCAAUUUGUACACUGCACGGUGCUUUUAAAUAAAGCCGGAUCAUGUUUUCCUCGCGUUUCA